UCCUCUCCCCCUAUAUUUUCCUUCUUUUUAAACUGGGCACAGCAAGGAUCCCUUAUUUAGAGCGCCCGCCCCUCUUUUUUCUUUUUUGGUUAUUUGGUUACACUGGUUUUGCGUUACUACUAGAGAGGGCUCUUUUUGGUUAAGCGCAAGUUAUUCUAUUUUUGACUGGGACCCCGAGACUGCAAAUCCAGCAAGAAUCCAACUGGGUUGCUAUCAAAUCUUAACUGAGCAGCAAACCGUCCCCAUUUGCUCAAAUCAUUACUUGUUCUCUUAUUUCCAGUUCUUGCUGCUGCCGCUGCUAUUGUUUUUUGUUAGGGUUAUUUCUCAAAAGAUGGCUGAGAGUUUAGACGACGGUGAGUUUUGGCUGCCCCCUCAGUUCCUAACCGACGACGAUAUGUUCAUGGACGAUAGCAACAAGAAGAAGAGCAGUAACUGCAGUAAUAUCAAGACUGUUAAAGAUGGGUAUGGCCUUGAAACGGACUGUUUCAAGAAUUUCUUUCCGUUUGAGUUUGGUACUUUUGGGAUUUCUUCGGAUCUCAGUUCUCCGGUUGAUGAGUCGGUUAUUAGCUCUACCGAAGAGAGUGAUGAAGAGGAUUACAUCGCUGGUUUAACCUGCAAAAUGGCUCGUUCGACACUCGAAACAUGUGGAAACGAAACCACCAAGGAGGCUCUGUUAUCUGGUUCACCGCAAUCAACACUAUGCGGAGUUGUUGGAAAUGGGUAUAGAAGUAGCCAAGGUUCAAGCCGUGGAGGAAGUCCAAAUGGGUGCUCUAAGGUUUCCUCACAGCCGGCCACUUGGGAUUUACUGCAUGCGGCGGCAGGUGAAGUGGCAAAAAUCAGCAUGAAUCAACAAGAAGAAGGGUGUUAUUAUGGCUUCAACCGUGGAAUCUUGGGUCCACCUCGAAAACCCUCUCAAGUCUCUGUUCCUCUCAAAAGCUCAAACCACCAGGAUUUUAAUCUCUACAACGGCAACCUACAGCACUCACUUUCUUACCAGAAGUUACAGGCAUCUCAAUUUCAGCAGCUGAGGCAGCAACAAAUGAUGAAGCAACAGAGAAAUAAUGUUUGGGCAGCAGGGCCGCAAACAAAGGGACUUUACCAACAACAGCAACAAAAACAACCAGUAGUCCACGACAGCAGAGGAAGGAAUCAUGGAAAACCAUUGGGUUUGUGUCCAUCUGCCUGGCCUCCUCUACAGCAGGCUCAGCAACAGGACCAAGGCAAUUUUGGCAUGCGGGCUGUGUUUCUUGGCAAUACUGGUGCGAAAAGGGAGUGUGCUGGCACUGGCGUUUUCUUGCCUCGCCGUGUUGGAGCCCCAACUGAAACUCGCAAGAAGCCAGCUUGCUCGACGGUGCUGUUACCAGCUAGAGUUGUUCAAGCCUUGAACUUGAACUUGGACGACAUUUCUCCUCAGCCCCAAUAUCAGCCUCCUCGUUUUAAUGGAAGUUUCAUUGCGGAUAGUAAUAAUGCAUUGAGGUUUCGUAAUAACAAUAAUGUUUCCUAUCAGAAGCGCAAUCUCAGGCCACAGCCAGAAAUGAACAAUGAAGUGAGGUUACCUCAGGAAUGGACUUACUGAACGACCCAUCAUUUUCAAUGGGGUUUAAUUAUAGUCUUAUUGUUUUGUUCUUUUGGUUAGGAGUUUUAGGAAAGUGAAAGGAGAUUUCAAAGUUGAAAGAAAAUAAAAAAUGAAUGGAUAAUUGUUAGUUCUCUAUGUAGGAUAAAGCGCUAGUAUUAGUAUAAAACAAAUAGUUUUCCGGAGGAAAUUGGGAAAGAAGGAUGGUUUCUGGGUAAGAAUUAGGGCAAAAAUAAUUUUUCAAGUUUCAGGAUAACAAGUAUUAUACGAUGCAGCAGGAGCGGUAGCAGAUUUUGUUCGUUUUUGUUUGGCUCAAGGGAAAAAGAAAAGCUGGGUGGAAAGGAGAUUCUCUAUUUCUCUGCUUUGGUGUUUCAGAUUUUAAAAUAAGUGUGAUUUUGCUUUUUGGAAAGAGAGUCUGAUGAGAGUAGUGUGAUUAGUGAAAGGAGGAGUGAGAUAUGGUAACUCCCUUCUUCUUGUAAUGCCAUCACUGUAAAUGGGUAUUUUGCGUCAUCUAUCUGUAAAAUGCUUCAUUGCAGGCCUGUCCACCCACUCUCCAAUGGCCAUCAAGUAAUAAAAUAAUGAAAUGGGUAUUUGAUUUUUCAA